AUGAGUGACCCCCACGCGUGCAAGUAUGCGUACAAGCCAUGCAAAAACCUUCGUGUGGCCAAGAAAGAUGGCGACCUUCAUCGGCUGUGCGAGUUCCACCGCAACAAGGCCAAUGCGGUCCAGAAGAUAUACGCCACACGGCGGCGACGGGAGCGCCGAUCUGAGCGGCGGCAGGUCCUCAUGCAGAAACUCCUAGGCACGAUUGAGCCCGUCCCAUUCGAAGCCGCGCAGGGACAACAAGUAGGCCAACAGAAGGCCAACACCGACCAACGUGACUUGCUGGAAGCCGAGCUGGCAGGAUUGCUCGACGACGAAGAACAAGACAAGGUCGGUGACGAUGGUGACGACCUUGACGGCGGAGAAGACCAUAGCUCGUCGUCGUCUGCAGAGGAAGAAGACGUCGAGGACAACGAAGCAAGGCUGUUUGUUACGGAGGCUACAGACCCAAUCAAAACAAUACAUAUGUAA